AUGGGUUUCAGCAGAGCUACAUUGGGCUUCUUGGGCCUGUUCUUCAUGGCCAGCUCCAUCCUGCUCAUUUUCCUCACACUGCUGGGCGGUGCUCGUAACUCGAACCCGUUGAACCAAAUCUACUUCCUUCAGGCGGAUACAAGCAACAUCCCAGGUGCUCCAUCCACCUCGCGCUGGACCUUCUGGAAUGUAUGCAGUGUGACGGACAAUGGCAGGAAUGACUGUGGCAGCUCGCACCCAGACUUCCCAUUUGACCCGCCACGCGCCGACAACUUCAACACUACUACCAAUGUGCCUCAUCAAUUCAUCGGAACCAAACACUACUACUUGACUUCCCGGUUCAUGUUCCCGUUCAUCAUCAUUGGACUAUUCUUCGCUGUCGUCUCGCUCUUCACUGGCCUUCUGGCCAUGUGCACUCGCAUUGGCAGCUACAUCUCCGGUUUCCUCGCGUGGCUUGCUUUGACUUUCCAGGUGAUCACGACCUGUCUGAUGACUGCUGUCUUCGUCCAGGGCCGCCACGCUUUCUCGAGCAAUGGCCAGACCUCCAAGUUGGGUGUCAAGGCUUUCGCGUUCAUGUGGACCGCCAGCGCAUGCUUAUUUAUCUCCUGCCUGUGCUACUGCCUCGGUGGCGCAGUUGGCCGCAAAGAUGGUAGUGGUUACAGCGGACGCAAAGAGCGCCGCCGCGGUUUCUUCUCCUCCAACCGCUCCAACAGCGUCCAUAGCGAAAAGAGGGAGGAUGCCCCGGCCACUACCAACUACGCGUAA